CUGUGAAGGACUCUGUGCACUGUAAACACUUUGGAAGUGCUUGUGCCUGUCACUGCAGCUUAAACGUGGAGUUUUUUUUUACGUCCCUAAGUGGAAGUUUUGUUUAGAAUCGUCAAGAAUCACAGCUGCCACAUUACAGAGCGCUGCUGAAAUCUAAACUGGUCAUCGAUGGAUCACGAACGAUUGGACACGGAUCAGUCAAGGUUAUCAAGGUUUGAGAACUAGUACAGACAUGUUUGAAUGUGAAUGAAAAGAAAGCGGAAGAGUUGGAGGCUUAAACAAGAAUUGUUGAUCUUCAGCUGGUUAAAGCUUUUAAAAUGCCAUUGCAUUGAUAUAUAUCAGCUGAGCACAACAAAGGAUAUCAUUUUAACGAUAAUGGCCACCAACUGUUCCCUGUAAACAUGUUUAUUGUACUUUUAUCCCUUUUAAUUUUGGGUGGAGAAAUAAUUACCAUGAAGUCCUCAGCUGAAACACGAGGUAUAACUUUUCUUUUAGUUACCCUUCAAGGAGAGAUGAAGCCCCUCUUAAUUCCAGACGUCCCGCACCAAUUGGUUUUGAACUCUGCUUUCAUAAAUCGAACAAAAAUAAAUCUUCGUAGAAGUUGUAAUUCACUGAAUUUUGAUGCAGAAUACGAGAAGACUUAAAUUUAUAUUUUAAAAGAUAGUGGAAAUGUUAUUUCUUUCGGUUUUUGUUGGCUGUUCAUUUUAAAGUGCCAUAAUUUCAUUUGUAAUUAGCUAUUUCUUUUCUUCCUAAGUGGUUAAGCAACUAUUGACAGUUGAGCAUUUAAUUAGAUUUUUUCAUAUCACUUUUUUUACGAGAUAUGUAAAAUGUCAAAAUUUAAAAUUUGCUGGUAUUUUGUCAUCAAUUAAAUGAUAAAUUUUCUUUUCUGAUUUUUUGGCAGGAAUCUUGAACAGUUUAUUGCUGUUUGGGACUUUGAACCAUCAAAAAAAGAUGAAAUAGCUCUACUGAAGGUAAAAAUUUUACUAGUUAUCCUUUCUUUAACACUCUAUGUAGCAAAUGCAUUCCAUGUUAUCAAGCAUCUCCUCAGUUGUAAGUCACAGAUGACUUCACUGUAAUGAACAACAAUGAUAUAUUUUAUCUACUGUUAGGGGGAUAUUGUUUUUGUGGUGAAGAAGUAUCAAGAUGGUUGGUACCGUGGCAUCCGUUACAGAGGUUAUCAGGUAUUGUUCAUAUAUUAAAAAAUGUGUCUGUGAUAUUCCCCGAUAUCUACUGCACUACUGCUUGCAUUUUAGUUCAUGAAAUAGUAGGACUUAUAUUAAUCCUUGUAUGGUUAAAAAAUAAAAAAAAGGAUGCAAUGUUGAUUUUUUUCUUUUUUUGUUAUCAUCAGGCUGGUUGUUUUCCAGGGAAUUUUGUUGAGAAAGAUUCAAGUGAAAUUGGAAAUUGGUAAAUCAAAGUUAAUAACAAGCCAUUUUUAGCAAGUUUAUUGCAUUUUUUAGUGGCAGAUAACAAAGAGCUUGUUUAGACAUUAGGUUUCACAUUAACUUUGUUUUCAUGAAAGUGACAGAAAAGGAAUGUAAUUUAGUACUGUUUUGAUUGAAGCAGAAUCAACCAUUUGAAAUGCGGAGUUGGUGGUUGUAAUUAAACUCAGAGGCUGAAAUAUUGUUAAAGUUCCAGGGUUCAAAUUCACCCUAACUAUUACCUGCCACUACCAGUGAAAGCAAUAUUGCCCAAGGAAAGUAAAUCAAACCAAUGCAGUUCUCUGUUCCUUAUUAGGCAGGACUUACCUUCACCAACCUCGGAGGGGAACUCAAAAGUUCUGGAAGAUUUAGAAAAUGAUCGAACCAAGCUGACAUCAGAGGCUAAUGGAACAGAUGAUCAGUGCAAGGACAUGGAAGACAGACAGCCUGAUGCUAAUCAUAAUAAUGAACUGAACAGAUCUGAUUCACUUAAUGGUGGUAAUCUCAGUCCUGGUGCUUUGACGUCUUUUCAUGGACUGAAUAUAAUUGCUGAACAAAUGGGACAGGGAGAGGAAGGUAAUACAAUUGGACUGUUUAAAUGUCUUGUAAAAGGUUUUAUUCUGUGAUUAUGAGUAACAGUUGAUUUUGUACGAUAAUUUAGGAUUAUCAACUGAGUUGAGUAAGAGUUUCAAAGCUGGCAUUUGGAGUGUUAGCCCUUCAUCAUUUGCUCUAACAAAGGACUUACGCUCAUAAUGUCAGCUUUUAAACUCUUUACAAAGGCUAAUUUAUGUUUUCAACUCAGUUGAAAAUACUAAAUUACCCUGCUAUACUCUCUCACCGACACAGCACUACAGUUUCUUUAGAAAAUUACCCCCUUUAUUCAGUUGAUUUUGUAGUAUUAUCACUCAGGUCAGACAGGCUCUUGGAAAGGAUUUUUCUCUAUGGAUGUGACUUAGUAUAUUUUCACAUAUAUUGUGGGAGAUGAUGGUGAUUUUGAGUUCUACACAAGUUAUCAUAAUGCCAGUGCUUACCUGUAACAGUAGCAGAAGUACUGAGAAAUUUACCCUCUCAAGGUUGCCAAAAAGAAAUUGUGAAGUGUCUCAACCAUUUAUCUCUUAUUUUGUUUUUGACCAUAGAAUCAGAGGAACGAAAAAGAACAAGAGCUGCAAUGGUACAUGUUAUUUAAUUUAAAAUUUUCUUGUUUUGAGGCUUGUUACUUCUACCAGGACACACUUGCAGAAUACAUUAAAAAAAAAAAGUGUUCAGACCAAGAUUUUGUGGAAUUAUUAAUUUGUAAACUGCUAGUUUAUAAGCUGCUCACUGAUAAUUACAAGCAUUAAAUUCAUUACUUAAUGUCAGUAAUAAACAAUUUCUCUGUGUUUCUAGUAAAUUUGAUUAAAACAGAAUGUUUUUUGGGUCAGUGACAUAAUGAAAUUGUGUUUCUUCUAGGAACUCUUGACAUCUGAGGUGUCUUACUUCAAUGGAUUAAAUCUCCUUUCUGGGGUUUGUAUUUUAAAUUGUUCAUAAGAAACUGAUAAUUCUGUUGGUCAAAUAAUUUAUUUUAAAAAAUAUAUUAUUUUUGACAGUUUAUGAUAAUUAAAAUUAAAAUAGAACUGAUUACUUAUUAUAUUAAUGUUUUCUAUUGGUUUUUCUCAAAUACAUCAUACUUUAUUUUUUAACAGUAGUAUUUGAUAUAUUUCUCACAACUUGAAUGCUAAGGAGGAAUAUUUGAGUUAUUAACAACUGUUGCUUUCUUUGCAGCAUUACAUUAGGCCUCUCAGGAAACUUCGCAUUAUUUCUGAUGAAGAUGUAAAGAAAAUUUUUUCCAAUGCAGAGGUAAGACUCGUGAAAUCUCCUCCACGUAGUACUAGUAAGGUUAGGUAAUAAUCUUGAAAAAGUAUUCGCCUAUUUAUUUUUGUCUUGCUUGCUGAUCAAGAACAUACACAGAGGCUGAAAACUAUUUGCAAAAACAAUGUCAAAAACAACAACAAAUUCAAUUGAAUUUCUUUAAUUUAUUUCAGUCCUUAGAGUCCAUUAGUAAAGAGUUGGUUGCUAAACUACAAACGCGUUUGGCUUUCUGGGAUGUCAAUACAACUUUGAUUGGAGAUGUUCUUGUAGAAAUGGUAUGUGAUGAUCUUUCAAGAAUUACAAGGGAAGACUUUUCCCUGUGAACAGAGUCUACAUUUAGUUAGAUAAUAAGCUUGAAAUUAGUUUUGUUAAAAAAUUGUAGUCUGACCUUUGACUUUUGUCAUGCAGUUUUCCUAUUUGAUGAUGUUUGAACCAUAUUUCAAGUCAAGGAAGAGAGGGAAUGAGGUAUGAAAGUCAUAAUAUGUGCUUAUUGACUGAGCUGGAGGAUACCAACUAUGCAUAGCUCUUUCAGUUACAGCUCACAUCAACUGGUUGGCUCCUACAUAUGUCAGCUUUCACAAUGGUUUUUUUAUGGGUUUACAUGUGGGGCCGUACAGGUCAUUUGAUAAUAAGAUUAUGAAUAAUUAUGUGUACUGUCUUAGGAUCAGGAGUGGUUUAUUUUUUUCUUUGGUUGAGAAUGUUUCAAAUCAGUCCUGACCUUUUUUUUUUUUUUUCUUUUUUUUUUUCAUUUUAUGGCUAUCCCAAAUUAAAUGCAAUCUGAAAUUUGCCUGACUCUGAAGCAAUGCUCCCUUUCCCAAUUCAAUUCUGGACAUUUGCAGAGGUCAAAGUGCAUAAAUGGUAGAGGGAAGAUGGGUUGAAAUGGAUCAAUAUCAUUAUCUGGGCAACUGCCCACCUACCCCUCCCCUAACUCAACAAGAGUCAAUUGAUAACAAUUUAGGGUUAAUGUUGGGUUAGGGGAGGGGUAGGUAGGCAGUUGCCCAGAUACUAAUAUUGAUCCGUUGAAAUAAGAAUAUGGGGAAUCAAUUGCUCUAUUUUGGAAAAGUUUUCAAAUGUUCAAUGUAGAUUGAAAUGUGUCAAUUAUUUUGCCUUUAAUUUCAGCUUUCUCUUAUCAAUUUCCAUUAAUGUUUGUGAUUAAGAGAAAUAUAUUAUGAAGUUCGAUAUAUGAUUACUAACAAUUAAUGUUCUGUGACGUCUAGGUGAAAAUGAAAUUAGAAAAAAACAAUGAGAAGUUCAGAAAUUUUUUGGCCAAGGUGAGACACUCACUUGUUAAGUAAUGUUUUAGUUGAUUUAAACAUACCUUAAAUUUAUCUGUACUCAAGAUAAGGAUCCUAACUUCAUAUUGAGUUGAUGUAAUUAUUUUUUGGGAUGGUGUUAUUUUAAUCUCUAUUAUAAUGCUUACAUUGACUUCUUUUCCCAGGUCAGCUGCAAUCAUACCCUUGAUUCAUUGUUACUUAUGCCAAUACAGGUAAUAUCCUUUGACUACUUGAUAAAUUCACACUAUGACACCUGUAUGAUUGUUUUUAUAUACUCUCUUUUAAGACACCUUAUUUUGGAAAUACGUCUUGUAGUAGGUAGGUUUUGUGGCCAAUUUCUUAUAAUUAAUGGCUGGUGUAAUUUAUAUAUUGUCAGAGAGUUCCCAGAUAUGAACUGAUAUUGAAAGAAUUGGUGAAAAGAACACGUGAGGUGAGAUAUACCUUAUAUAUUGUUGGUUGAGAGUUACCAGUAAGUAUAUCAGUAUACACCAGUUAAGUGUAAUGAAAAUUAUGAAGUGAUGUGCUGUUUAAUUUCAUUAUUACAUUCUUUACUUACUUGUAGUUUGUUUGUUUGUUUGUUUGUUUGGUUUUUAUCAAUUUUAGGAUCACCCAGAUUAUGAGAAUUUGAACGACGCUCAGAGCAAAGCCCAGAAGGUAACUUAAUGAAGCUCAUCCUUUGUUAACAAUACUUUUUUUAUCCAUGGUCAGUCCAGUGAUAUAUUAAACUUGAUUCUACAAACAUUAAAGGUUUAUCUUCAGUUUACUAUGUUCAAUAUUUAAUAAAUGCUGUACAAGUUUUAAUAUACAUCAAGGCUUGAUGUUCCUCAGAUCUACUUUUACUUUUAAUGUUUAGACUGCAGAGGCCUUAAAUGAACACAUCCGUCAAAUAGAGAAUGAAACAAAAGUUGUUGAAGUAAUGAAGAGCUUUCCUAAUGAUGAAUUGGUGGGUAAAAUCAAAAUAGUGCUUUUCACCAUUUUUUUUUUUUAAUAAGUAUUCCUUGAUUUAAAUUGUAUCAGCAGCUGUAUUAGUCAUCAUUAAAUUUCUGGAUUGUCCUUAAUUAGUCCCACCAUUGAUUUGAAUUUUUUUUUUUCCAGAAUCUUAUUCGACCAGCUGCCACACAGUAUUCUACAGGUGACUUCAUGAUCAUAAGUUAUCUUAGAACAGGACCAAGUCUAUAUUAACUAACGUUAUUUACAUUUAAUAUUCUUGGAUUAAAUUUUUUUGGGGUAUAUUUUCAGGAAAGCUGUAUGGUUCUGUGCGCCUUAGGUAAGCAUCAGUGUAUUGCUUCUUGUUUAACUUGACCUGUACAUUUGAGUGAAAUUGUAGAAAACGCAUUGGUUACUUUAGGCAUAAAGUUAAUCAUUAAUUCCAUUUUGUUCCAUAGGAAACAUGAAAAAGACCAGAUGACAAGUAUAUCUAAAACACUUAAAAGGUUAGAAAUAGCCAAAAACAUUUAACAAUUAUUUACCAAAGUGGCGAGGUAAUUAUCCACCAAUUUCACCAACACUGAGGUGAAUAAUUGUUGUAGUAUAAACCCCACAGAUACUGAAAAAAAAGUUUUUUCUCUGUACAUUUGUUCAGUGAAUUGUUAGUCAAUAGUAUUAGUCAUCAACUUGAGACAUAUCAAAGAAGAAAACUCAAAUUGCUGAUUACCUGUCAAGCAUCACACUCAAACAUAUAUUAGUUAUUUUCAACAAUGUCUGGUGAUUUCAAACUGUGAACUAAGAAACUCCUUAUUGGUGCAUAGAACUUUCACUUUCAGUAACAGUUAAUGGUAUAUGGGAAUUUUCCCUUCAAUAGAAUCUCACUUCCCCUGAUGGACAGCAUUGAAAUUCAGACAUCUCCAAAGCUCUCCCGAGUACAUGCAGACACACGGUCACCUAGUACUCUUCCUCGAUUUCACAAUGGUGAUAGUAGCGACAGUGACAGUGAAACAGACUCUGCGUCCUUAGGGGAAACAUUUAUCACCAGGUACAUGUAAAAAAAACAUGCUGUUGAAUGUAUUAAUAAAUAAAUUUUUUCAAGUUAAAUCUUCAGUGACAAAAUGAUUCCAUGUGAAUACAAUGUUAAUGCCAAUUUCUAAUUCUUUCUUAGCACAUAUAUUUAUGAGGGUGAAGUUGAACGUGUAACUAAGAAAGCCACAGGUUCUAACGAUGGAGGAAUGGUCCAUGAAACAGUUGAAAGGUCAGGGAGCUGUAGUUAAGUUUUUAUUUCUCAUUUUUUUAGUUCUAUGAACUAACUAUUCUCUUUGUCCUUAAGGGCCAGCCUAAAACAACAAGUUUUUCUUUGUUUGCUCAAGAUUUCCAAGAAUUUUACAUUGCAACUCCAAGCACUUGACCUAUUUAUUUGUUAUGGUCUAUGAACAGCUGAAAAUUACUUUUAGUUAUUGAAAUAAAUGUUAUAUAUUUGAUAAAUGUUACACUCAGGUGAAUGUGGUCUUGUCUUGCAGAUAUCUUUUCUUAUUUAACAAUGUCUUAUUGGUUGCGGUGGUAAGUAACUUAAUAUUGUUUGGCAAGUGUGUGGAUAUUAAAUUAAAUUCAAGUUUUUUUGGAAAGAAUUCAAGAUGAAAAUCUCUUCUUGUUACCAUAGAGGUAUGCAGAACUCUAAAAUUGUUAUUAACAACUAUUAGUCACUUUCAGAAGGAGAUUACUUUUCAAGUCCAUUUUACUUUGGCCUAGCUGUAUUCAAGUACAUAAGUUUUGAAGAUUUUGCUAAACUUAGUACAUUUUCUUACAGGCGUCAGAAAAUCGUAUAACAGGAAAGAAAACUUAUAAACUGAAGGACAGUGUUUCCCUCGUCCAGGCCUGGGUAACAUCACCCAGUGCAUAUUAUACAAAUCCACCAGAUAAGAGUAAGUUAAACCUGCCCUGUCAGUUAUUUUACAUUCAUUUACUUCUCAUCAGUUUUAACCACAGCAUUUGUUAUUAAGUUACUCUUCUAGUUGAUAAAAGAUUGAUUUUUAAUUAUUUAAAAUGCUUUUAAUUUCACUCAGGUCAAAAACAAAUACUCUACAAUUUAAGAUAGCAUUGAAUCCUUCAGCCCUCAAGAAUGACUAUUUUCUAAUUUCUCCUUACAAUAUCACCCCUGAAUCAAACAUGAAAGUCAUGAGAAUUGAGAUAAUGAUCACUAACUAAAGCUGCUGCUCUUCAUUGAUAAACAAAUCCUCCUUGUCAGCCUCUUUGGAAAUGUAUGGAGAACAGUAUGGAGAAUAUACAUACUGAUGGUAAACACCAUGAAAGUAAUCUAUCAGAUACAUCUAGAUAUUAGCACUUUAUCACAUUUCCAGACACUAAGAGUGAGUAUAAAACAAGGUAUUUUAGUGUUAAAACUAAUGGAUUGAAUUUCCUUAAAUAAGUUUAUUUGAAUGUAGUAAACUAUUACUUACCAGGUAAUACACAAAUGUAAUGCUUUGUUGGUUCAUUAAUGAAAAAUUUAUUUUCAAUUUUUUUUAAUAAUAUUACAUUAUUAAAACUAUUAAUCCCUAUUUUCCCUUUUUAUUACAGUGUUUAUUCUUGGGACCCCUACACAAAUCUACAAGUUUUUAGCUCCAUCAGAAAGACAGAAAGAAAAGUGGGAGGAGAAACUAAAAACACAUAUUGAGAAAGAAAAACAAGCAUUUGUUGAGGUAAAUUCAAAUGUUCAGUUUUGCUUCCUAAUUGUGCCUCUACAAUAGUAUUGUAACUGAACUCAUGAACUUAAACUGCAUGACUUUUUAAAAUUGUUUUAAUAAACAAUGAAUUAAAUGAUUAUUGAUAUAAUGCAACAUUCCUGUAUACAUGUUUAUAUUUACAGUCAUUCCAAGGGUUGCCUGUACCAGAUGAGGAAUUCUUAGCAGUUUCAUUUAAUGCCAAGAUUGAUUACCAUCAGACUGUUGACUUUGGUAAAGAGCACACUCGUGUAUUUGAUAUAUUUACCAGUACUUAUGAAGUGUUUGCUGUACUGUGAAAAUGAAGGGAUUGAAGCAAAGAGCUUAAUAGAGUAGUUUGUGUUAAUUUGGAUCAAAGUAUUUUGUUGCUAAAGAAUUUCAGCUCUUUCAAUCUGUAGGAAUUGUCUCUUUCCAUGAAAGCACUGGUAAUCAUAAGUUUAUUUGAAAAACAUUGGUUUGUGCUUUAAUUACACAUUCAAACCUCCUCACCCCCCUCCCCCCAAAAAAUGGUGAUAUUGUGCUUGUCAAACCUGGCUUGCUCCACUUUGCUUGUAUCACAACAUGUCUAGGAAACAACUAUGAAGGGUUUUUGGGAGGCCUUCGCAAUAUGACAAUUUGUUACAUUUCUUGUUUUUUGGUUGAUUAUUUCUUAUGAAUAUCAAAUUUAUUUACAAGUAGGAUGAUACCAAGAUGCUAAAUGGUGGGAUUAUAACAGGUGGUAAUUACUACAUUUCAAUUUAAUUCCUCAGAAUUAAAUUUAAGACAGAGUGAAGAAGUUCUGGUAAUUGGAUUGAAAGCUGGCAAUUUAUGGCUUCCAGUAAGUCAAACUGAAUAGUAUUUUUCUUUAUCAAAACUUUGUUAAACUAGCAAUUAAUAUUUAAUUUUUUAUGAUUAGUCAUUGAAUUCAUGUGUUUCUUUUCUUAUAGGGAUUAUUUUCAAAUAGUGUUUGUGAACUUGACUUAGCAUGGUAAGAAUAAUAACUCAAUAUGUUCAUUGAAGAAAACUAUGAAUGAAACAAAUAGAAUGUAUAAUUGUGAUGUUUUCAGUGAUGAACUUGAUAAUCAAGAAAAUUAACUGUGGUAUUGAGGUUUCAGCAAAAUCCUUUUUAUCCCUUUGAUCCUCAAGAGUGACUAGUAUCUAAUUUCUCCUUACAAUAUCUCCCAUGAAUCAGAGAUUAACGUCACAAUCUUAAUAAACAAAAUGAUCACUCACUAAAGGAGCUCUUGAUUGUUAAACAAUUUCUCCUUUUCAGAGUAUAGAGAAUAUGAAUACUGAUGCUAGGGUGUAAAGGGUUUGAGUAAGCAAAGAUAAGAAGGACAAGAACUGGAGACAGCUGUAUUAUCAUGAAAAGUUAGUGAAUUGUAAAUUUCUUGUUUUUUUGUUUUAAAGGUGGCCAGGACUUUACAAAGGAAAAUUUGGAUGGUUUCCAGGUAGGAUCAGGCUGUGGAAAACUGAAUGCUAGUAAAUGAAUGAGAGGUGAUUGAACUAGAUGAUAAUCAAUGACUGAGGACCCACCGGCAGUGAUAAGCUGACUGACUGGAGAUAGUGAUGAGAUGCUCAAGCUCAUCACAGUAAAAAUCUUCUAAUCAGUGAAAGGAUAAAUACCAUGAUAUUUUUAUAAUGAAUAUUGAUAUUUUUCCUAGUAGAUGGGAAUUUUCAUUAACCUCAAAUGGGUAAUUUUUGGGUCAAUUGUGACUAAAAUAAAUGUAGACUACCUUUGAUAUUAGAUUUUUUUAGAGAUAUGAUGACAAAGUGGGUCACACACUGGACUCUUAUACUAGUUAACAAUUAUUCACCAAUGGCAAAGUGAAUAUUGUUGAAUAACCCACAAGACAAAGUCAAGGGGAUCAUUCAAUAUAGAACAGUAUAAAUGGUUAUGUGGUUUUGAAUUCUGUUGUAAAUAUUUGUUUUGAUGUUGAAAUCAUUGUGUUACAUUUGUUUGAUUACUUGUAUCAAGCUUAAGAGCCAGUUUCCACUAGAAUUUGAAAGGUUCAUUUAACACAAUCAGCAAAAACUUCAUAUCUUUCUUUUGAAAAGUGUUACCACCAACUUAAUAGCAGCUUUAGUGCUCUUGGGAAAUUAAAUGAAUUUUCUUUAUCAUGCUCAUCACUUCCUUUGUCACUCUGACAAAACUCAAGGCAGCCAUUUUCAAAUUCAUCACUCCUGCCAUAAUCAUCUUAAGCAAGGUGAUUAUAGCAAGAUGUGAUGCAUUUUUUGACCUAUCAGAGCAUGCCCAUCUCUUCAGUCACCAGAGCAAUUAUAUUAAAACACCACACUAAGAAAGAUUGUUGCAUUUUUCAGCUCAGUGUGUCACAGGACCUGAAAUGACAGCAUACAAUGGAACAAAUGAGGCAAGUUACAAUUAAUAUGUUAAUAAUAUUAAUUGUUCUUACUAUCAUAACUGAGGAGGGUUAAAUGCUGAAACCCAUAUCUCUGCAAAACAGUCUCUAUUAAGUUAUCAAUAUUAACUAGUAAGUUUUCUCAACGAGUUAAAAAUAAUUAUGAUUUUUGUCAAACUUGAUGCCCUAGAUAUAAUGUUUGUGGACCAUUUCCAAAAUUUCAUUCAACAGUUGACUGGUUCAAAUUUGUUUUUCCAUAGUUUUGAAGUUUUUAAACCAGUUUUAAUAUUUCAUGGUUUAUUUUGUUUGCUUUCUGGUGUAGUUUCAUCCCAUUCCCGUGGCCACAGCAUUGAAUGAGAUCAAACAGAAAAUGAUGGACUGGGUGAGUGAGUGCAUGUACAUGUUGUAGUUAAACUUUGCUGAAUUCUGUCCUCUUGUAAUUGUAAGUUUAAAGAUUGUAAUGAUAUAUCUAGACCAAAAAAAUGUGCUAAAAUCAUUUUGACAUGUAAUUCACUUUAGUUGAAAAUAUUCCAAAUAGUUCUUACUUCUUUAGUUGGUUUGCCCUGUAAAUUGAUUUGAAAAAAAUUCCUAUUUAUUGGAUAUAGACUGGCAGUUUACUCAAAGAACCUAUCACUGGGGAUAUGACAGUGUUAAAGGUCUUUAAACCUGACAAGACAUUUAAGGUAAGAAGAAAAAGUAGUAAAAGAAUGGGUCAGUUUUUGAGAUGCUCAAGGAUCAUGUCACAUUUAGUAACAAACAACUAUUGUUAUGAUAAUGAUGUUGAUAAUGUUUGUUAAUUUUCAGACCUGCAAGGUAGAACCAGGUUUCCUAAUUUCUGAUGUUAUGCGGUAAGUAACUUGUCCUUCUUUGAAGCAUAUUGUAGAGAAUGAAAAUGUCUUUUUGAAUACCUGUACCAUUGAAGAGAAAUCUGGACAUUGUAUUCUAGAACUUAAAGACAAACCAUAGCCUGGUUGAUUAAAGGCUCCAAGUAGGGAUAAAACACCAUGUAUAUAAAAUCCUGACAAUAUUAUUAUUUCUCAGCAAAACACAAAACUGAAAGUUGAUGGAAACUGAUGAACUUAUCAGUUAGAUGGUGUUAUCUUGAUAUUAUCUCUACUAAUGAUCAGUUUACUUGUUAGAUCAAGAUUUUGUUUUACUUUUGUGCAGGCAAUACACAAGGCACAGAAGUUUUGUUGGAGGGCAGAUUGAUGCUUCAGUGUUGGAAAUGUGGGAGGAAUCAGUAGAUGGUUCUGGUGAGACUCAACUAAUAGUUAUGAUCAUGUUUUGUUAGCAAUAAUACACCGUAACAUCAUUUUGUUCCAACAAACUAUAUUUGGCAACAUACUUACACCAAAAGCCAGUCCCUCCAUAGGGUUGAUUUAAAUAUUUCAUUCAUGUCAAACAUUCAGUUUAUUUGGUUAUUCUGUCUUGUAAGUUUGCUUGUUUUUUUUUUUUUUGGAACAUGUAUGUAUCCAAACUAUCAGAUGCAUUAUUUUUUCCUUUUGUGUGCCUUGUUCAUUUUAUAUACUGGUAUUUUAUCAUUGUUAACUUAAGAAUAUAUUGAUUAUUUUUUGCCUUCCAGAAAACAUUGUGUACAAUUGUAUGUAAAUUAGAGAUCAGAGUUGUUAUCACAUUUAAACAAGGUACCUGGUACUGCCAUUUCUAUUCCUUUUUAUAGUUCACAGAUGCUUGGAUCCUGGGGAGAAGCUGAGUAACAUCUUUGCAAUGUGGGGAAAAUAUCAGGUAAGUUAUGUUGACAGUUGGAAGUGAAUUGUUAAAACAGGUAAUGACACAUUGUUGAUUUACAGCAAUUUUGUGUUUGAACAGUUUGGGUCUUUGGUAACUAAGCCAUUGCAAAUUUGGGCCAUAACAUGUAAGUGUACAGGGCUGGUGUAUGUCUAAGGCUAAGAGUGGCCUGUUAACCCUGCAAGUACCAGAAGUGAUUAAAACACAACCUCUCCUUGCAAUUCCAAUAUGUUAUCUUUUAAACAGGUUACGAGGAAAAGAUAAACUCAUCAGCAAGAUGGUGUUAUCUUGAUAUAGCAUCAUAUUCUCAUGUGUAACUUACAAGGAAAUUUGAGGGAGUGAAGAGGGAGAAUUACUCAUUGUAUCUUGAGGGUUAAGGGGUUAAAUACCAUUUGAAGGAUUCAGUUUGAAAUCCUAGUCAGGGUGAUUUUCAAGGGAAUGAAAGGGCUGUGGAAACUGUCAGGGAUUUUCAGGGAAACUUGAUAGAAUGUUGAGCAAUAUAUAGCCCUUAUGACACAAUUCCUUUAGCAGAGCUCCAUUUUGCCUCCUGUCUCAUGAACUGGGAUGAGGUGCAGCAGAAUGAGCCAACAGGCUGGUGUGACAUCUUAAAACCUUGCUUACUAGUUUUAUUUUGUGUUGUUAGGGAAAGAUGAAGCUUGUUGUUCACAAUAAAGAUGAAAGACAGGGACUAGCAUCUGAUAAGAAAGAGGAACAAAAACCAGAACCACCCACUGGAGUGCUUAUCUACUUUGAUUAGCUUCAAAACAGUUUUUAGUAAUUCACAUUUCAGUCAACAUUGUGUCCACAAAUACACAAUAACUUGCUAACUAUUUUAAAAUUAAUGGUACAAUGUAGUUUUUAUUGGAGCAAGUGAGGAAAUUUUUAAUUUUCUCUGAGAUGCAUAAUAGAAAUACAACAUACAAUUUUAUCAAAUGAAAAUCCUAAAGUUUUAAAAUCUUUAAUUAUGAAAUCCAGAGUGCUAUGAGUGAAGGCAAAGUCAAUAUUACAAUUCAAUUGCAUACCUCUUUCAGUCCACAGCCAAGAGUAUCUUAUUUAUACUGAAAAUGCGUAUUUUCUCUUCUAGUUUCUCUUAGUUAUCUUAAUUCCAAACUGCAUCAAUCAACCCUCAGUUUCCAAAAUUGGGGAUUUUUUCAAAAUUUUUUUUAAAUGCUCCAUCAAAUAGUUUUUGAUAAUGGCAGACUUGUAAAUUUUAUUGAAAAAUGAUCACAGUAUUCAUUUGAAGGAGGCCAAUGAUAAAUGACUAUAUGGUUAUAGUCCCGACAAAUCAAAUCUGGCUUUUUGAGACAAUUUUUAAUCAAUUUUUAGAUAUAAAGAAGAUUAAGGAUAAUUUAGCGUACACUAGUCAGCUCAGAACAAUUUUUGAUUUUCUUUUUUUUCCACUCAAUAAUUUAUUUCAUACAAGCCUAGUCUACCUACUACACCUAAGUCUAUGUUUACUCUUUAUGUCACUCCUUUGUACAUAAUGCAAUCUCAACAGAUAUUCUUCAUCCCAGAAACUGCUGAGCUCUUUCACUCCAAGAGUGAAUUCAAGG